AUGGCGUCAAGGAUUUUGCCAACAAUCUUCAUCGGAGUUGCUGCUUUGCACUUCGUCGCACCACGACUCGCCGACUGGUUCGCCGCUAAAAAGACUCGUAAGCAGGACCAAAGGAAACUUGAAGAGGCCUUGGCCCAAGAUGAAAGUCAAUGUCAGACCAUACAAGAGCUACAAUCUGUAGUUGAGCGACAGACCCGGACAUCCCAGCGUGACUCUGAAAGAAUUCGGAUGUUGGUCGAUAUACAAAGACUUCAGCAUGAUACUAUCAUUGCCAAGGAUAACGCGUUGAAUGGGCUGACAAGGGAAGUUGUAGACCAGCAACAGCGUAUAUUAAAUCUGCAGUCGAUGAUACGCUCUAGAGACCAAAUGGCGGAAGCCGGUGACGAGGACCUCGGUGGACCUGGAGUGCUCAUCUGGAAUUAUGACCCGAAUAUGCACAGCAACAUCAACGGAACCAUGUUCUUCCUAUACGAAAGCAACCACGACUUCGUUCCUUACAAGUACACGGCUAUACCACCUUGGGGCAGUGCAUUCAUUACCGUGUGCCCAACCUUCCGAGGACGUAUUAUGCGCGGCGAUGUGACCAAUUUUAACGGAAAGAAGCACCUCUUGGGAACUUGGGCUGAGUUAAAUUGGCAUGCCAACGGGACUGGGUCUACCUGGGGUGAUGUAUCGCUCCUGCAAGGGAAUGAUGGAGCGGUCGUGAUCCAGUCACUAGAUGGAAACCCAAGGAUCAAAGGGUUCACUGAUGACCUUCUAUCUAACGCUCCGGCAGAUGCGUUAGCACAAAAGGCGACGGGUUCAUGGUGCCUCGACAAGAUCAUUGGCCCAGAUGCGAACAAUAUCACAAGAGAGUGGGAAGGGAGGUUUUUGAGCCCUUGGGUUGUCUAUUUAGAGGACGACAUUGAUCCGGUAAUCAAUUCGGACAAUGGGAGGUUUCAAGUCACCUUUUACGAGGGUGUUAUUUAG